ACACCUUUCAGAAUUUUUUCUCCCUAUUCACACCUUUCACCUUUCAAAACCCGUAAAAAACCCAACAUUUUAACGGAUCGUCACGGCACCGUUAAAAAAUGCAUUACGUGGCACCCAAAAAUUGACCACCAACGAACGAACAAAAUCAACUGAAAUCUGAAACACAGAGAUCUACAGAUUUCAAGUUCUAGAUUUACGGUGAUAUAAUGAGGGAGCCGACGAUGGUGGUGACGGCGGUGGACAGCAACGCACAGCUUGGACCGCCAGAGAUGUCGGCACCACCGCAGGCGUUGCUGGAAAGGUUCAAGGAUUACGGUCAAGAAGACGCUUUUGCUCUCUGGGACGAACUCUCCCCGGAAGAGCGCCAUCUCCUCGUCAAGGAAAUCGAGAGUCUGGAUCUUUCGAGAAUUGAUCGGAUCAUUCGAUGUUCUCUUCGAUCUCAAGGACUGCCGGUGGCUGCCAUAGAACCAGUGCCAGAGAGUUGCGUAUCAACGGUUGAGGAGAGAACCAUGGGGGAGAGAGAGAGGUGGUGGAAGAUGGGUUUGAAAGCUAUAUCAGACGGGAAAUUGGCCGUCUUGCUUUUGUCCGGUGGCCAGGGAACUAGGCUUGGAAGUUCAGAUCCAAAGGGCUGUUCUAAUAUUGGACUUCCAUCUGGGAAAUCACUUUUUCAACUUCAAGCUGAGCGAAUUUUGUGUGUUCAAAGACUAGCUGCUCAAGCUAUGAAUGAGGGUGGUGGGUCAGUGCAAAUACACUGGUAUAUAAUGACUAGUCCUUUUACGGAUGAUGUUACCCGCAAAUUCUUUGAGAGUCAUAGAUAUUUUGGUCUUGAAGCGGAUCAGAUUACUUUCUUCCAGCAGGGCACAAUCCCUUGUAUCUCAAAGGAUGGUAGAUUUAUAAUGGAGACUCCAUUCAGAGUAGCUAAGGCUCCAGAUGGGAAUGGAGGAGUAUAUUCAGCUCUUAAAUAUUCAAGACUGUUAGAAGAUAUGGCCACAAGAGGAAUUAAAUAUAUUGAUUGCUAUGGUGUUGACAAUGCAUUGGUUCGUGUAGCUGAUCCAACUUUCUUGGGAUAUUUUAUUGACAAAGCUGUAGCUGCUGCUGCAAAAGUUGUUCGAAAGGCAUACCCUCAAGAAAAAGUUGGUGUUUUUGUAAGGCGAGGUAAAGGUGGACCACUCACUGUUGUUGAAUACAGUGAAUUGGAUCCUACACUGGCUUCAGCAAUUAAUCAACAAACUGGACGUCUUCAGUUUUGCUGGAGUAAUGUGUGCUUGCAUAUGUUUACUCUUGAUUUCCUAAACCAAGUGGCAAGUGGCCUUGAAAAAGACAGCAUUUACCAUCUUGCUGAGAAAAAAAUUCCUUCAGUUCAUGGAUAUACAAUGGGUUUGAAACUAGAGCAGUUCAUUUUUGAUGCAUUUCCAUAUGCCCCUUCAACUGCACUCUUUGAGGUACUUAGAGACGAAGAGUUUGCACCUGUGAAAAAUGCCAACGGAUCAAAUUAUGACACUCCAGAUAGUGCUAGGUUACUUGUGCUCCGACUGCACAGUCGUUGGGUAGUAGCUGCAGGUGGCUUCUUAACACAUUCAGUGCCAUUAUACGCAACAGGUGUUGAGGUAUCACCACUAUGUUCUUAUGCUGGGGAAAACCUAGAAGCCAUUUGCCGAGGAAGAACGUUUCACGCCCCCUGUGAAAUUUCAUUCUAGGCUGGGCGUGAUCGACAAUUUUAGGUGAUAACUAGGGUGGAUCAAGGCCAUCAAUAUAUAUUACGCCAUGAUGUAUGAAGGUGGAUGGUUAGGUUAGAUGCGUUAGAUGCUAAUACCUGAAUAAAAGGUUUUCCGAGUGUUGUAAGCAUUUUCUUCACUUUUUCCCUUUCUAUUCCUGAAAAUUGGAACGAUUCUAUUCAAUAUAUUUCCCCAAAUCUUGUUAAUCAU